AUGGCACAGCGGGAAGAGGUUAUUAGGAGGACUGUGUAUGUAUCAGAUAUUGAUCAUCAGGGGAACCCUACACCAUCUCGCAUAAGAUGGUCACCGAGCGGUCAGGAAGCCUGCACUCGAGCUGGUCUUAUACAUGUCUGCAUGAGGCACCUCCAAGGUUCAUUUCCUAUUGAGGUACAUAAUGAACCUGUACUUCUUCAAUGGUUAUGCUCGUGUUCGGGGAAAUUAUGGGCGGAUUUCACGGAGGCACAGAUGAGUGGCUUGCAAUUGGAAGCCCCUGAUAUUCUUGCACCUCUACUUUUUGAGCCCCAACCUGAGGUUUGUUUUUUCCUUUGUAAUGUUCUAGUAGAAGCGCUGUCACGUUUUGCCUUUGGCCAUAACAAGAACCUAAAAUCAGUUGCUGUUGCUAAUUGGAAGCCUCAGUCAAAAUCUGUGCUUACUUCUUUGCCUUCUUUCCUGAUCAAGGGUGCAGGUAGUGUCCAUACAACCCCAAGCCGCUACAUGUCGCAAGGAAGUAUAGUUUCAUCUACAGUUUCUCCUUUAUUGGGAGAUUCUGAUUCUGGCAUAUUGAAUGAUUGUGUUAGCAAGGGAGGUUUAAACCACACAAGACCAAGACCACUAGAAAAUACAUUCUAUUUGAAGUGUGUAUUGGCUAUCUAUACUCUGGCAAAGGAUCCAUCACCACAUGUUGCAAGUCUUGGUCAGCGAGUGCUGUCCACUAUUGGUAUUGAACAAGUGGUUGCUAAAUCUGUGAAGUCUAGUGGUGAAAGUGUACGCCCUGUUGAAUCAACGAGUACUCCAAAUCCUCGUCUUGCUGGACUAGCUCAUUCAUCAUCUUGUUUUAGCAGGCCAUUUUCCGCUGACAUUCAGAACCCUCCUGUUAGUCCUUCUAGAUCAAGCUACUUGGAAAUGCGAAGAGUUUGCUCCCCAGAAUUAAGGCCACGUCUGAUGAAUUCUCCAGACUCAGGGUUAGCAGAUCUACGUUUAGUUGGGACACAAUUUGGAACUGGCACCAAAGCUGCUUUGCUGCAGCCCUUCUUGCCUGUUGUGAUUGCUGCAGACGAGAAAGAAAGGAUAAGAAGAUGGACAUAUCCGGAUCUGGAAAGAUUACAUGUCAAAGGGGCAUCAGAAAUUAGUUACUGCAUUUUCUUCAGUUCAGGGUAA